ACAUGGCGACUUUGCGUCCGUCACAACGGAUAUAGACUGCGUGACUUUUCCUGUGAAUUUUACGUAUUACCAAUCUAAUUUUGUCUACAUUAUUGUGCCUGAUGAGCAUUCGAAUGGUAAGGAAUCGAACUGUAAGUUAACUUCGAAUGGAGUUGGCUUAAUAACGCCUGUGUCUAUAUCUUUAAAUGGCAGUUGUACAGGACAGUCUUUACCAUAGACUUCAAAUGAUGAGCUCUGCAUUAGAAAGUCGUCCUACGAGUGCCCUUGCCAGAGGUGUGCAAAUUACGGAAUUUAAGGAAACAAGGGUAAACCCUGAACCAGUAGUUUUAGAGGAUAGUGAUCUCUUACUAGAACAAUAUCUUUCGCCAGGUAAACUAAGACUUCUGACUGGGGUUGAUAAUUUAGAUGAUAUUUAUCGCCUGGAAUUAAAAGUCGACACAAAAGAAACAAGCUUGGGAAAUUUUGGUUCCCUGCUACCAAACUUAACACAACUGAAACUAUCAAAUAGUAACAUCCCAUGCAUUCGCGACUUAGGUUCUAGUUUAAGAAAUGUUACCGUUUUAUGGAUGUCACGUUGUGGCUUAUACGAAUUGGAUGGAAUAUCAUCUAUGCUAAGUCUAAAAGAACUAUACUUGUCAUACAAUGAAAUCUGUGAUAUAAGUGCUCUAAGCAUGCUGGACUCGCUACAAAUUUUAGACUUAGAAGGAAACAACAUCGAUGAUACCCAACAGAUUCAUUAUCUUGCUAUGUGUUCAAACCUCUCCAGUCUGACAUUGGAAGGGAAUCCUGUGUGUGUAUUACCUACACCAGACAGUAGUGAAACAGAGGACUAUGACUACAGGUGGACUGUCAAAAACAUCAUAGCUUAUCUUAAGAUAUUAGAUGAAGAAGCACUUAAUUUAGAACCAUCACCCUCAAAGAAAAAGAAUGUAUUUGAUGAUGACUGGGCCUAUUUGGAGGAAUUGCAGAGAGAUGUAGGAAUAGGCGGCUCAACAGAAAGUCUUAAUUCACUAGACAGUCCUACAGAGACUGUAGGCAGACCAGGCACUGCGUCCCUGCGCUACAACAGGGUACCGCCCAGGCUCUGCCCUCAGACCCUCCUCAGGGUUCAGACCCCUCACAGCAUCCAGGAGACCUGCUACUACUUCUGGGGAAACGUCAGACCUUUAACUGCAGAGAAAGCUAGCAGGGAGGAAAGUUCAGAGGAUAAAAAUAUUACAGAGGAUGCCUCGAGUGAACUUACCAUGGGAACUGUUGUUUGUGGAAAUCCAUCCAAAGCCCUCUUCUCGCGGCGAAAAAUCAAUCCAGGCAGUCAAAAUACAAAUGAAUCCACUGGACUAAAGCUGUUUCCUCAAUUUCUACACAAACCUGAGCACACAUAUGAUCCUGUCCCAGAUGAUGACAAGGAGAGAGCAGACAUAGUGGCGGAACUAAAGGAGUGGAAACAACAUCAUGAAAAGAUGAUGGAGAAGAUCAAAGCGGAGAAAGCUCCCCAGGUGUUGGUGAUUGAUCAUGACGAUGCGAUCAGCAUAUCUGGUGAUGAGGAAGUGACAGAUGAAGAGGAUGAUGAUGAUGAUUUACCCUCGGGUUUAACUUCUCUGGAUAACAGUGACAGGCCACUCAGAGAGAACCAGUCCGGCAGUAAUGGCCGACCUGUCAGUGCUGAUAGGCCAAGCAGCAAGGAACGAAGUGUCAGCUCUAGUCCUCUACUGGAUCUCCCACCACCACCAACCCCACCCAAAGUGUUGGGCAAUGUUCGUGAACCUCCAUCUGGUGAACUCCAGGAGGGAAUCAUUGAGGCCCUGAAGAUAGAGGGUCUGACAGCAGACAGCAAGAAGAAAGAGGAACCAGAGGAGCCCCAGGAAACACCAGAGAGCCUCCAGCUGAAGACCCGUCUGGAGAACCACGCCCUCAAUCCUCACCGUCCCUGUCCCCCCAUCAAGCCCCUUGGGAGGUUUACCACGCAAGGGCCAGUCAUGCCCCGUGCUCCCCCUCCCUCAGCAGUGGCCAGAAACAUGCUGAGCAAAAGCAUGGCUGUCCCGGCAAGAAGGACCAGUCCAAACAGUCAAGAUUCCGGCACUGCGGUGAUCGCUGCGUCUGCGUCCGCUGAUCGCCCAGUUCUCCAGAACCGUCCCUUCACGGCACGGGCCGUGCUAUCUCAAGUCCGCAGGCAGCUGCCACAGGUUCCAACUCUACCCUCAAAACCAAGCUUUCCCAAAUGAGAACUUGUUAUUUAUUUUUGGCAAAAAAAUAUAUCUGGUUCUUCUGGUUUCUUCCUGGCUUAAAUUGUCUUUCAUUUUAUUUGCUAGCUGAUGCAUUUACAUGUAUAAAUUCAUAUUUUGGCCAAUUUAUUAAUAAUGGAUUGAUAAAUCUGUCUUGGACUAACAAGUACAUACACAUGUUUAUUACUACAUGUAUUCUGAUGCGAGGUAAUGUGCCUUCAAUUUGCUUGCAUGAGAAUCAACUAAAUUGUUUCAUGAAAUAAAUCUACAUAUACAGUCAUAAAUUUUUUUUUAAAGUAUGAGAAUUUUGAUUUACUUUGUGAGGGACAGUGUGUGCUAGUUGUGACUGUAUAGCUACAUUGUAUAAUGCAUUUCAGUACAAUGAAUUCUAGUAAUGAUGAUAAAAGUGUGCUAAGUACUGAAAGUUUUCAUGUUUUUACAUAUCAGUAUUUUAAUUUAUUUCUUUGUACAAGUACAAUGAUACAUGCCAUUUGUAGUGAUACCUACAAAAUGUAACAUUGUUUUGAUGAUCGCUGAGAAUCAUAUUGAUUUUGGAAACAAAAAAGUUUUCUUGUAAUGAUUGAACUCUUCUAUUGCUAAUUUUACGGAUGCACUGAUGUUGAAAAAUUUUCAUAGCUGAUUAAAGAUUCAAAUCAUUGUGUUGGUUAUAAAAUCUGAAUAUUAAAAAAGCAAACUAGCAAUUAUUUAUUGGCUUUAUGAAGAUUAUUUUAGUGGAUUGUAUAAUCACAUCUUGGUAUGUUAGAUGGUUGCGAGAUAUUCAGAACACUGAUGAGAUAUUUUCUGAAAUCUAGAUGUGGCUGUGUGUUGUCAUUCAUAUUGUACGUUUAUUGAGUUGACUAGGCCUUUUGUUUUGUUUUUUCACUCUGCAAAUGUAGAUUGUCCUUUUCCACAAUAAAUAUUUCUGAUUACAACAA